GAGCUCCGACCGGAGAGAGAGAGAGACAGAAACACCCACCGAGCCCGCGUCGUCCUGAUAUAUCAAACCCCUCCGUCACCUGGCGCCUCCUAAACGGCUUUUCACCGCUCCAACGGCCGGCUAGCUGCUGGGCGGACCUGUGUCUUUUUUCAACCGCAAAUAUUUAGCUCCAAAAUCGAACAGUUUCGGAGUUGAUUGAAGAGAAGAAGAAGAAGAGAGACGGGGAGAGACAUGGCCACGACAACCUGUACGCGAUUCACAGACGAAUAUCAGCUAUACGAGGAGCUGGGAAAGGGAGCGUUUUCAGUGGUGCGCCGAUGUGUGAAGCUGUGCACAGGACAGGAGUAUGCCGCUAAAAUAAUCAACACCAAAAAGUUAUCUGCAAGAGAUCACCAGAAGCUGGAGCGAGAGGCUCGGAUUUGUCGCCUGUUAAAACACCCCAACAUUGUUCGUCUUCAUGACAGUAUAUCAGAGGAGGGCUUCCACUACCUCCUGUUUGACUUGGUAACUGGAGGUGAACUGUUUGAGGACAUCGUAGCCAGAGAGUAUUACAGCGAGGCCGACGCCAGUCACUGUAUCCAUCAGAUUCUAGAAAGUGUCCAUCACAUUCACCAACAUGACAUAGUGCACAGGGACCUGAAGCCAGAGAACCUGCUGCUGGCAAGCAAGUGUAAGAACGCUGCAGUGAAGCUGGCCGACUUUGGACUGGCUAUUGAGGUGCAGGGGGAUCAGCAGGCCUGGUUUGGAUUUGCUGGCACACCGGGGUAUCUGUCCCCUGAGGUCUUGAGGAAGGAGGCAUAUGGCAAACCUGUGGACAUCUGGGCCUGCGGGGUGAUCCUCUACAUCCUGCUGGUGGGUUACCCUCCUUUCUGGGACGAGGACCAGCACAAGCUGUACCAGCAGAUCAAGGCUGGGGCUUAUGAUUUCCCUUCCCCAGAGUGGGACACAGUCACCCCAGAGGCCAAAAACCUCAUCAACCAGAUGCUGACGAUCAACCCAGCCAAGAGGAUCACUGCUCAGGAGGCCCUCAAGCACCCAUGGGUCUGCCAACGAUCCACAGUGGCAUCGAUGAUGCACAGACAGGAGACCGUGGAGUGCCUGAAGAAAUUCAAUGCCAGGAGGAAACUCAAGGGGGCCAUUCUUACUACCAUGCUGGUUUCUCGAAAUUUCUCUGUGGGCAGCAGGCAGACCACCGCUCCGGCCUCUGUCACUGCGGCCGCGGCAGCAGUGGCUGCAGCCGCCGGCACCACCGCAGGGCUGGUGGAACAAGCCAAGACUUUGCUCAACAAAAAGGCAGAUGUCAAGAAACGCAAGUCCAGCUCUACUGUCCAGUACAUGCCCCAGACAAACAGCACCAAAAACAGCAUAGUCACCAGCCCCAAAGGAAACAUCCCUUCACCUGCUCUGGAACCUCAGACAACUGUCAUCCAUAAUCCAGUGGACAGGACGAAGGAAUCAUCCGACAGCAGCAACACCACCGUGGAGGAUGAAGAUGUGAAAGGGAAGAGCUUAGACAACAGCUCACUUAAGGCGCAGUCCAGCACAAGCUCCCAGCCCGAUAGCUCCUCAGCUGCUGUGUACUCUGCCGCAAAGUUUGCUGACCUGCUGGGCUCAGUGCGUAGGGGCUCAGGGCCCAUAUCCGACGGAGAAGGGAGAUCCAGCACUCCACCUCCCGCUGCCCUCUCCGCCCCCUCCCCUCCACACACCCCUGUUGUCCCAAUGCAGAUGUCUCGGCUCACAGACCUGGUAAGCAGCGUUCGCAGGGUGCCGCCGGCACCAGCACCUGAAGGUGAUGCUGCACCGGUGUCGGUACCUAGGCCCACCCCUCCACCUGCACACACCACCUCCCCACCUCCCCCUCACUCCCCCUCCAGCCCUUCCCUGUCUUCCUCCCAGACACGCAAACAAGAAAUUAUCAAGAUCACUGAACAGCUGAUAGAGGCAAUCAACAAUGGAGACUUUGAGGCAUACGCUAAGAUCUGCGACCCUGGACUGACUUCGUUUGAGCCGGAGGCGUUGGGCAACCUGGUAGAGGGGAUGGAUUUCCACAGAUUCUACUUUGAGAACCUUUUGGCUAAGAACAGCAAGCCCAUCCACACCACCAUCCUGAACCCCCACGUCCACCUGAUCGGCGAGGAUGCCGCCUGCAUCGCUUACAUCCGCCUGACUCAGUUUGUGGACGGCCAGGGUCGGCCGCGGUCCAGCCAGUCGGAGGAAACUCGCGUCUGGCAUCGCAGAGACAGCAAGUGGCAGAACAUCCACUUCCACUGCUCAGGCGCACCAGCUGCGCCACUCCAGUGAGGGUUGAACGCUGUAGUUUUGUCUGUCGGGAGUGCUCUGCUGGAGAGAGAGAGGAGGAGGAGGAGGAGGAGGAAGGGAUGAAAGAACAUGUCCAGUGUCGGUUUGGGGGCUCCUCGCCCUCAAACAACAAACCCACCCUCACUGGACGCCCAGUCUCAACCCCCCAGCAUGCAUCUCUUCUUUUACUACUACUGCCCCCUGUCUGUCACCGUCCCCACGACAACCAUCCAACAGCAGCGAGUGGACAUCCAGCAGCUCGACACCCUUCACCCCCCGGCCUCCUCUUCUUCCCUCCGGCACACGGGGUGUUUGACGGGGUGGGGGUGUUUUCAGCUCUGGGUGUGGUUCCUCCUCCCUCUGGUCUCUUCCCCAUCCCCGCAAUUUUUGUGACACCGACCCUCAUGUCCUCCUGUGAAUCCACACUUGUGUGACAUAAACACUGCACUGGAAAUACAGUAUGUAAAGUUUUAAGUAAAAUCUAUUAUUAUCAUUACGAUAUUAUUAUUAUUAUUAUUAUUAUUAUUAUUAUUAUUAUUAUUAUUAUUAUUACACAUUUGCAAUUGUAUAUGUCAUUUGUAUAAUUCUGAAUUCUUGAUGCCAGUGGUUUCUAGAGUUGAAGGAAAUCUUUUUUUUUGUUUUUCUCUAUCUUUUUAAGGAAGCAUGUUUUUCCCCCCUUAUUAACAGUGGCUGUUUUUUAUUGUGGCUAUUAAGUGGAAAAUGAUAUUGGCAGUUUUUGUAAUUUGCUUCUUGUAUGUUAGCUAUAAUACUGCGCCCAAACUCAUGGUCGACAUGUUUUUGUUUGUUUGUUUUGGUGUUUUUUUCUUCUUCUUUUGUCUUUUGUUGUGUUGUUGUUUGUCUUUUUUUGGAAGGGGUGUGUGUGUUGGGUGUCAUUUGUGAAUGUAGAGAGUGUGUGUGGUUGCGUAAGCCAAUCAGAAUAAGUUGCUACAGUUGGAGGAACCUGUCGUUUUUCCCCUCGUUGCAGUCUGAACCGCGGGUGAAAGUUUUUGCUGAACUUGCUGUCUUCCUGUGUCAGAACAAAAUAGAGAUUUUUCAUAAAUUUACAUUUCUGCCCUGCGCUUUGGCAUGCCCUAUAAUGAGGUGUAAAGCAGCCUUGCGAAGAUGCAGAGAAAGACAAAGAUACCGCUUUUUUUCUACUAGUAACCAGAGUUCCCUUGCUGGUUUUGUGUGUCUGCCACCAUGAAAAAUAAUGUUUCUCAUUAUAACCAAAAGCUUCACAGGAUGCUUUAUAUCAGAGUCAUGUUCUGAGUGCUUUUCAUUCAGUCUCCUCGCUUCCUUCACUUGUGUUUCUUCCUCGACGGCAGUUAAUUUGUACAUGCACAGCUGCAUCGGUAUUUUUAACACCCCAAGGUAGUUAUUUUGGACUAAAAUCACCAGGCUAAUAUCUAAAAUUCAUGAGGAGAGAGAUAUAAUGCAUGAAUACAAUCAGUUAAAUCUGAUAGAAACCGCUUAGAACUCUGCAACAAAUUAAAGUUUUAAAAGUGUUUUUUCAUUGAGGAUAAUACUGAAUCAGUGCAACAACAUGAUUGAUUGGAUGUUCAGCUGUUUUGAAGCACGUGAUUGGCUUUCUGGGGAGACAGGUGUGUUAAAGAACCACCGUCACAGAUUUCUAUUCUUUCUCCUGUUUCACCUGUCAGAUCAAACCUCAUCAUUUUUAUUCUCCUAUUCUCUCCUGGAGCUGUGAUUAGUAACCAGAAGAUCCUCCAUGAUGCAGAAGGGGACUGAUUUCUGAAUCACAAGAGGAGGAGGCAUAAGUUACCAGAAUGAAAAGCACCCACUGACAUGUUGUAACCAGAAACUUCCUAGCAACACAUCCCCCCUUUAUCAAAUUCUGACAGAAUAAGUUGGUGUGUUGUUAUAUGAAGAAAGCAUUUUCUAGCACAGCUGAUAGUAGAGAAACCUGCAAUGAUCCGGUAAAAGGAAUUUAAAUAUUUCACAACGUUUGAGCACAUUUGUUUUCACUAGUGCACAUAAAAGCAUGAGAUGGUUUUUAAACGUGCACAGAAAUACAGAAUUAAUGGGAAGUCUGAGGUUGUGGCUUCAUUUCUCUCACAAAGUCGAUCUUUGACUGACGGAGCCUCAACUGGACUCUAAGAAAUUAGAAUGACAUUGGUUUGCUAUGCAAUAAAUAACUAAGGUUAAAGUGUUCACUUGUGAACUUCUAGGAAAUUCUCUCACAACAGUUACCUGAUGAUGAAUUUGAAAAUGUAAUUAAAUGCGUCAACAUUUAGAAUUUGUACACUACUGUUCAAAAGUUUGGUUUCACUUAGAAAUGUCCUUAUUUUUGAAAGAAAGGCAGUUUUAUUUCAGUGAAGAUAACAUUAAAUGAAUGAUAAAUACAGUCCAGACAUUGUUAAUGUGGUAAAUGACUAUUGUAGCUGGAAACAGCUGAUUUUUAAUGGAAUAUCUCCAUAGAGGUACAGAGGAACAUUUCCAGCAACCAUCACUCCUGUGUUCUAAUGCUACAUUGUGUUAGCUAAUGGUGUUGAAAGGCUCAUUGAUGAGUAGAAAACCCUUGUGCAGUUAUGUUAGCACAUGGAUAAAAGUGUGAGUUUUCAUGGAAAACAUGAAAUUACCUGAAUGACCCUAAACUUUUGAACAGUAGUGUAUGUACAUAUGAUAGUAGGUGAACUGACUAUAGAGGGCACAAGAAAACAACAAAAGUCACCUUCUUCCUUGUUCUACUGACACACCAACUGGUGUUCUGGCAAACAGGAGUGUAACAUUAAAGCAUCUUGUUCUAUGUAUAAAAUAAUUGAAUCUCAGUGGAGGUGACCUGCUGCUUGGACUCCACACCUCUGGCUUUUUUUAAUGUAAAUCUCAGUGAGCAGUGGUUGAGCCUUGGCCCCACCGGGUGCUAGUUUCAUGUUUCUAGCUGUAAAGGUGCUCGUUUAAAGGGAUGAACUGCUGGUGGCUCCUGCUGUUGCUAGGUGACAGCUAAACCCCCCCCCCAAAAAAAAACAAAAAAAACCGCGUUUUUCAGAAAAGUUGAGAUAUCUUUAACUCACUAAAAUCACGGCACAACAGCAGGUCCUCUUCAUUUUUAUUUUCCUUUCAGUGAAAUGCCAGAAGCAGUCAGUGAGAAGGAUCCUGGUGGAAGUGUGACCUUCCAAAGCCAUAGAGCUCAAAGCUGCUGCCGCUUUUGUCUAAACUGAGCACAAGCAGACAAACACUUGCAUCAGUGACAAGGAAUCAAGUGUUUGGUGGUUUGUCAUGUUGGGAUUUUUUUUGCCACAGGGUGCAAUAUUUGUGUGUGUGUGUGUGCAUCCGCUGCUCUGGGUGUGUAUUCUUUACAAGCCUGGGAGUUGGUGUGUGUUGUGUGUCAGACGAAGGCUUUAUUUCGGAGGACAUAUCAGUCCCCUGCCUUUAGCCCAGGACUUCUUUGAUUUUGGUUUUCUAAUGAUUUCAUCUGGGGUUUUUUGUCCACAUAUUGUGUUUUUCAUGUUUCUACUCUUUGAUUUGUGUUACAGUAAAGUGUUUUUAGCUUUUUGCUGACAUUAAGUGCUUGUGCCAGGGGUGGCAGGAUUGAUGGGAUGGACUCUGCAGCACUGAAAACUGAUUUUGUGGGGGUCUGACUCGCCGUCGGCUCCGUUGUUGUACUUUGCUCGUCCACCAUUGGCUGCCUUCUGGUUUUGUGUCGCCUCUUAUUGGUCAGACCAAGAUGUUAGGAGAGCGGGCAGUCUGCUUUGGUGAACAGUCCUCAGGUUUCUAUUUAUUUUCAAUAUUUAUUUAUUUAUUUUAGUGGAUAUUUUUAUUGUGCUUUUUUCUUUCUCUAUUUUUUUGUUGUUGUUUGUUUUCCUGUUGUACAACUCAUGCACUUGUACUGUCUGUAGUUGUUCAAAAGGAUGAUGCUCCAUGUAAAGCCUGACUGUUUUUAAAGGGAUAGUUCACCCAAUCUGCAUUCUUGCAUGUGUUUUUCUCCAACGACCAACAUGGUGUGAAUUACUUUCUUAAUUUCUGCUACAUUGAGAUUUGCGUUGUCUUCGACACGAGUUUUAUGGUGUCCUGUUUUUUUUUUCUUCCACUUUUCCAGAGUGGUCCAUCUGUCACUUUAAAACUCCAGUAAUACAAGAGUGUAUUUUGUGUGAACUAUCCCUCCAGAAGCUUCUUCACCUUUUUUACAGUGGUGAAGAUUUUGUCAAAUGAAGGUUUUGUUUUUCUUUUCAAGGUGAACCACUGAGACGUGGUAUCGUACUCGUGUCCGGUUCUGAUGUUCAUGUCUGUUUUUCAGCCGGUUCUAAGACUAGAAGGUCAAAGGUCACAUGAAGGCGUUCAUGUGUGAUUGUUGGAACCAAAAUGACCCCCAACCCCCUCCAAAAAAAGAAGAAAAAGCAGCAUGUACAGUACAAAUGUGUUGUUUUUCUCUUCUUCUUAGUGUGUUCAUAGCCUUGAAAAUCACUGUAAUAAGAUACACAUAUUUUAAAUGAGGGAUUCACAGUUUUUCACAACUUCAACUAACUAGCAGCAUCGCUGACAUUUUCUCUGCAUGACUGUCAACAGGACUCUUGUUUUUUGGUGUUUUCCUUUUUAUUUGGCUUCUCAUUUUCUACUGAAUGCUGGUAAACUCCACCUCUCUCUAUUUUCUCAGCUUUUUAAGUGCAUAUACCUAUUUUUGUCUGGAGAUGAUCUAAUGAAGAUGAUUCUAAUGAUAAGGAUUAAUAUAUGGAUGAGUGUGGCUCUAAGGAUGACUAUGAGGAAGUGGACAGUGAUGAUGAUGAUUAUUUUGCAUGCUUGUCUAUGGGGCUCUGUGUUGUCGCUGCAGAAUGGCUGCCUUCUGUACGUAGCUGAGAGAAUAUGAGGAGCACUUGUUGACCAUCAGCACCAAGAGUGACUGGUGCUUCACUGAGCCUGCAUGAGGAACAGACUGCAGUCCAACACACACAUCAGAGGCAGCUGACAGAGUGAAUGAGCUCCAGCAGGGGGCGCAGUCACACAAAGUAAAGCACAGACAGACAGACAGACGGAUGGAUGGAUGGAUGGAUGUCAGACUGAUGCUGCUAAUGUAGCUGCACAGUAACUUUAGUGUGGGAUCAAACAGACAAUCCAGUCAGAGACAACAGCAGCUGAUCAGUGUAGAAUAAGAAGCAGCUUCCAUUCACAUUAUUGAUCAGGGCUGCACACUUGGGACUAAAAUGGUUGUAAUGCCACUGAUAAAUCAUGAUUCUAUGAGAAUAAUCAGAGCUGAAAUCAUGCUUGGAAGUCAUUGAUUGUGCAGCCCUGCAUAUAAACUCCACUAAGUGUCCUCCUCUGGUUUCUUGAGGUCAGUGUGAGCUCUGCUGCCUUCCUGUCAGCUGUUUAGUCACAUGAAGCGUCGCUCAGAUAAACUGGAGUCACUUUGUUCACUCUGAACUUGUGCCGUCUUGUUUGUGCAGCCAGUGAUUAAGUUGCAUUGACAACACUGAGUUGUCUUCUCUUGGUAGGGCGUCUUUCACUCUUUUCCCCUCUCCCUCUGUUUCCAACCUUCUUCAAUCAUUUCUCUGCAGUCGGCUCUUUCUACUUUCCCUUUGUCUCUUUUUGUCUCUUUGGCUUUCUUCUGUAUAAUAAUAUUAAUCCUCUACUUCUCUGAUUCUUCAGAUUAUUGCUCUGUUCUCUUACGUGCUACACGUGUUUCUCUAACUUCUAGAAAAUGUGUUAAGGUGUUAUCAAUAAAAAGACAGUUUAAAUAGAAAA